UCUCUGUGAUUCUUUGCAAAAGGGGCCAGGAGGGAAAGCUAUCAGGUUCUCACAUGAGCAUGGAUAGAUUUUUAUGAAUUGUUUUAUGGCAGGAGAGCAUCAGUAUAAACUGGACUGUCCUGCUUGAAAGAGCUGCUUGACUUCUCAGAUAUUGACAGCAUUUUUUACUGCCCUGCUCACCUCUCUGAAUGACUUGUUCUUGAGAAUAUGUUCCUGAAUAAUAUAUCUGGGCUUGUUCUUUUACCUGAGAGCAGGAAGCUGAAAGGUGAGUGAUAAAGCCACCUGCUGCUCUCUGCUUUACAGAAAUUGAGGAGGAGCCUGAGGCAGUUUCUUGGACGCCCCACAACUAUCAGAAACUACAUUUUGGAAGAGCUAAAGGAAGACCAAGGAAUAUGGGGUUUACAUUUGCUUCCAUGGAAUCCAAACAAUCUUCCCUUGGAAAUAGAAACAGACUGUGGCAAGACAUCUUCCCAAAUUAGGAGAGAAGCUAUUGAAGGAUUCCAUCCUCCUCCUCCUUUCAUGCACCCAAACUCUACCUAUCUCCCAUGCUGUGAAGAUGGUUUGGUGGAAGAAGAAACGCUGCAGGCAGCAUUACCUGUGGGCCCUGGGCUGCUAUUUGCUGCUGGCCAUUGUUGCUCUGAGACUUUCUCUCAGAAUGAAAUGUGACUUUGAUUCCCUGGAUCUGGAGUCCAGGGACUUUCAAAGCAGGCACUGCAGGGACGUCUUGUACAGGUCCCUGAGGUUGCCAGCAAAGAGGUCCAUCAACUGUUCUAGAAUCAUUCAAGGGGACAAGGAAGCAGUGAUUGAGGCCCUCCUGGACAAGCUGGAGGUCAAGAACAAACGGGAGCCUUUCACAGACACCGACUACCUCAACAUGACCAGAGACUGCGAGCACUUUAAGGCCAACAGGAAGUUCAUACAGCACCCACUCAGCAGAGAAGAGUUGGACUUCCCUAUUGCAUACUCUAUGGUGGUCCACGAGAAGAUUGAAAACUUUGAAAGGCUGCUGAGAGCUGUGUACGCCCCUCAGAACAUAUAUUGUGUUCACGUGGAUGAGAAGUCCCCAGAAACUUUCAGAGAGGCAGUCAAGUCAAUUAUUUCAUGCUUCCCAAACGUCUUCCUGGCCAGUAAGUCAGUUCGGGUGGUUUAUGCCUCCUGGUCCCGGGUGCAGGCUGACUUGAACUGUAUGGAAGACUUGCUUCAGAGCUCAGUGCCAUGGAAAUACUUCCUAAAUACGUGUGGAACAGACUUUCCUAUCAAGACCAAUGCCGAGAUGGUCCUGGCCCUCAAGAUGUUGAAUGGGAAGAACAGUAUGGAGUCCGAGGUACCUAGUGAGGCCAAAAAGUCUCGCUGGAAAUAUCACUAUGAGGUGGGAGACACAAUAUACAUGACCAGCAAGUUGAAGGACCCUCCCCCUUAUAAUUUACCUAUGUUCACGGGGAAUGCCUACAUUGUGGCUUCUCGAGGCUUUGUCCAGCAGGUCUUAGAGAACCCCAAAUCCCAACAACUGAUUGAAUGGGUGAAGGAUACCUACAGCCCCGAUGAACACCUCUGGGCCACCCUGCAGCGUGCUCCUUGGAUGCCUGGCUCCGUUCCCUACCACCCCAAGUUUCACAUGUCAGACAUGGCUUCCAUUGCCAGGCUGGUGAAGUGGCAGGGCCACGAAGGAGACAUCAGUAUGGGGGCACCUUAUCCACCUUGCUCUGGCACCCACCAGCGGUCUGUCUGUAUCUAUGGGACUGGGGACCUUCACUGGAUUCUUCAGAACCAUCACCUGUUGGCCAACAAGUUUGACCCAAAGGUGGAUGAUAAUGUUCUUCAGUGCUUGGAAGAAUACUUACGUUUUAAGGCCAUCUACAGGACUGAACUCUGAGGUGCGCUGAGACUGUUGCUGCCUGUGGGACAAGAGCAUGUGCAGACAUGCCCAGAGUGUGCUGGGACAGUGCGGGGUGGGAGACCGGGCUCUCUGGAACCCAUGGCAUCCCCCAGGGUAAAGGGCUGCUCUCGGAGUGUGGGUAAGUAGAUCUGCUGUGUUGCAAAGGCCUGCCCUGCAUGAACACCGCCUCACCCCACCUCGCUCCCAAAGACCCUCCGCUGACCUUCUUCCAGAGUGAGCAUAUGAACCGGUUAUUUGGGAGCGUCAGGGAGGCAAGUAUAUGGCACGGGCCCCUGGAUUUUAGUUGAAUGCUUAGUGUCCCGCUUUUUCAUUCUGUGGAGAUGCCAUUCCUAAUAGUUCGAGGUUUGGUAGUGGGGAGGGGGAGUUUGAUGGAAAGAGGGCCUUCUCUUUUGUACCAUUAAUUUUAAAAUAAAUAGCUCCUGAUUCGAAGCCCUACCUCUUCUUUUUGUUUGGUAAGCCAGAAAUAAGACAAAAGUAUGAGACUUUUUUUUUUUUCAUUACUGUUGGUGACGUUUACAACCACUGAUAGCUGGCAAGAGACUCCCCAUUACUCCAUAACAGUCAUGGCAGGCUGUGUAAAUAGCAAAUUCAAAAGGGUGAAGAGCAGUGGAGCUGAUGCUUUCAUUUCUGCAAGCCCCCCUCACGUCGUUUACAUUGCCAGGUCUGUGACUCUUCUGUGUGGGAGAGGGCAGGGUGAUUUAACCAAUCUGACCACUGAAUCCAUACGUGAAAAUUAACAGCCCAAAUUUUUCCAGCUUCACAGCCAAACCCUAAUGUACCAUAACAAAGAAAAUUAUUUUAGGGAAGGUCACCAUAUAAUUUUUUGUCCAAAGCUGGAACACAUUAAGGGGGGGAGGGUGCAUGGCUGCACUGUUAAACUUACAUUGGAAAAGGAGAAUAAACUAGGACUGUUCAGCUACCCCAA